AUGGGCGCUCGGCCUGGGCCUGCAGUUCCGGCAGAUGUCUUCACCAAAGAGUUUUCGGAGUUUCUCACCAAACGUUUCGGUGGCUCCGCGUGGCUUGCCGAUGUCAAGCCUGACGAUCUUCAACAGUUUGCAGGUGCGGCAUGGGCUCUGGAUUCGGGAGCCAGCCAAUUCUGCAUCAUGGGCGACAAUGCCGAUGAUGCCGUUUGGGAGACUAUGCAACGUGCAGACUGCGAUAUCGACACAGGCGCUGGCACGGCUCGGCCAACAGCUAUGGUGGACGCCAUGGUUCCGCAUCUCGGGCGUCGCUCGGCUAUGGUGAUGCCGGACUCUAAAAUCAACAUGGCGUCGAUGGGCGAAACUUGCGCCGAGCUGGGGUAUCAUUUCUACUGGCCCGCAUGGUCUGAGCAGCCACAUUUCUGGCGCGACGGUGUUUCCAGCGUGGUGCCGCUCACCAUGGUCAAUCGCGUCCCAUUUCUAUUGAGCGCAGUCGAUGCUGGUCCGGCAAGCUUGAUUGAGGCUGCAAGCGACACGAACUUGAACGAUUUCUUCGCUCACAUGUUUCGGGAGUUUUGCUUGACGCUUGGUGAGACAGAGCUCGCUAACCUUUCGGUUCCCCUUGCAUUGGCGACGCAGUCGCAGCCUGCGGAUCAACAUUGCUUGGCUCACUACCCGAAGGACCCCACCUGCGAAGUGUGCUGCAAGCAAAAAUGUGUCGAGCUCCAGCGGCUCGCAAAAAGCAAGCUGUCGAAGAUGACAAGCAGACAGCUCGAGUUCACGGGGAACGCAUUUUAUGUGAUCUUGUCGGCCCUACACGCUUCCGAAGCCACUGCCGCUUUCGACGACAUGUAUGGGAACCAGUCAGUGUCUUCAGUCCGAACGGACAAUGGUAACGAGUUCCAGGGCGAGUUCGCCGCCAAACUCAAGGAACGGAAAAUCAGACACGAACGUUCCUUGCCACGUCGACCUCAGACAAAUUCCCGUGCUGAGCGAUUCCACCGCACAGUUGCGGAAGGCAUGGCUUGCCUUGUUGUUGCGUCUGGAGUCCCGUAUGCUUUCUGGACGUUCUGCCUCAUGGCCUUCCUCUUUGCGUAUGCGCGCAGCCCGGGUGCAGGUGGUGCUGACUCACCCUACCAGAUGCGCUUCAAUCGUUUUUAUGAUUUGAGCAAGUUGCGUCCAUUCGGCUCUGCGUGCUACUACCUGUCAGAGGAACAUGAGAAGUUUGCAUCUCGUGGACGGCUUGGUGUGGUGUUGGGGUAUAGCCGCUUGCAGUCACACUACGUCCUGGAUUUCGAACAUUACGUCGAGACGAAGGGCGAGUCCCGGAUUGUGCACACACGUGAUGCGCGCUUCCCCCCUCAGGUGCGCUGGCCAUUUCACGAGCUGGGCAUGGACAACCCUGAUGCGGCAUACUGGGCCCAACGUUUGUUCGAACCGGAGGUGUUGCAACCAACGCCCGUUGCUGGAGAUGACGGCCGAUGUGUACUUUGCGGCUUGUGGGCCGCUGAUGCCGACAUCCACUGCCGUGGAUGUUUGCUUGGCGGUGGUCGUCGUCGGCAUGUAGAUGGUCCCGGCUGCCUUCGCGCUCGAUGUGGUGGUCAUGCGUUCCUUGACGUUCAGCCCCCUCCGGACUCGCCCGAGACGAGCAUGGACUAUUCCCCAAGCACUCCACGCAGCCGUGAUGGGGGCGUCAUCGACUCCUCCAUGGAUUCGUCAAGCUCCAGGUUUUCGACAUCGCAUGACGCACACGAUGAUGAUGACAUGGGACCACCGCCUGACGAUGAAGGCGAUGGACGUUGCCAUACGGAUGCCUCGCCACGCAGGCCGGCCUCCAGCAGUCACAAUCGGACCAGCACGGAGUUGCGGCCAGUCGGCAUACACAGUUCGGACGCUGAUUCGGAGAGAUCGCAGCAACCAACCAAUGAUCGCGACAAUGCAGCUAUUUCCUCCACGGUGACGUUUGAAAGCGAUCGAUCUGGGCUCAGCACAGUUGUCCGUGGUGGGACGGUUUUCACAACGCCUGCAGCACUUAGGCUUGAACAGGAGCUGGACAAGCGGACAACUGAGCUGGGGAAGAUGUUCGCUUGCGCGGCAAACCACACGUCGAAGCGGACUUGGGAGUCUGAGUCACGUGAAUGGGAAACCGCUGUGGCCAAGUACGGCCCUGAUGUGGAGUACGCGCAGGCAAACCUCAUCUUGGGGAUCAAGCAUUACGAACUCGAUCAAUCCCAGCACCGAUUCAAAGCUCGCAUAGUCGCACUCGGGGACAACGUUCGCGACAUUUACGGCCGGCUUGUGGAGGAAGACCAAUUGCACGGUCGACCCAUCACGCUUGAAGGAUCACGGGCGCUAGGUUGCUAUGCCGGUUUGCAGCCUGACGGCGAUUGUCAAACUGCUGAUGCUGAUGGUGCCUAUUUGCAGGCUCGACUCAAAGGUCGUCCGAAGGUGAUUUGUUUACCAGAGAGAGAGAGAGAGAGAGAGAGAGAGAGAGAGAGAGAGAGAGAGAGAGAGAGAGAGAGAGAGAGAGAGAGAGAGAGAGAGAGAAGGCAUCCCCCGGCAAGGGAAUGGGCACCCACGUUGUCUCCGCCCCUGGAGGGGUUAAGACGUAAGUGGGGCGCGGAGCUCCGAAAACGUCAUGGCCCCGCGCAAGGCAGGCAGGCAAGCACAGCAAGCAUAAGAACAGAAUCUGAUUGA